CACACCUCCGCCGUGACUGCAGACAUGAGGCUCCAGCUGCUGCUUUGGAUCGUGGCGGCGCUCCUGGCGAGCCUCCUCCCAGCCAGCGGACAGCGGCCAGCCAGCCUGGCGCUGCGCAGGAAGCUGCACCGGCACGGCUGCUCGCACCGGCGCUGCAUGCCGCUCCACUCCAGGGUGCCCUUCCCCUGAGCCCCGCCAGCAACUUCAUACUGGACUUUCCAGUGUUUUAAAGGAGCAACAGUUAAAUCAAUAAGAGAAGUUUGCCAAAAGUGCAGAUCAACAACAGCUGACCUGACAGCCACCACAGUGCCAUCUUCAGCAGUGCUGUCUGUCACAUUCCACUGGACCUGGACUAAAGGCCCCUGUCUCACACCCUGAAAAGUGCUGGAGGGGGGGAAGUGUGGUGAUGGGGGACGUACGUGAACUUACCUGGUGGAAUCAUUCCCUGCAAAUGAUUUGGCUUUCACAAUCACUAGAGAAAGUUAAAGAUCAAAUCAAACAUCAGGUAGAUUUUGAUCUGAGCUAGGUUUCCAGUGGCAGUAAGAAGGAAGGAUCUGUCCAAGGCCA